AUAUAUAUAUAUAUAUAUAUAUAACCACAGGAUUUCCCAGCUCUCCUCUAGCACAGCUCCCAACCCUCAGGCUGGGCAGGGGAGGAUUUUCUCCUCGGGACUUUGGGUACAUGGGAGGCUGGCUGGAGUCCCAUGUCCAGCUAUAAUUAACCACAGAGCCAGCUGGGAGCCUAUCCAACAUUUCCCCCUGAUCAGACUCCGGCUCCGAAGGACCUCUGGAAAGGUCAGCGUCACCCCACAACAAGCGCCCCACAGGUAGGAGAGGGCUUGGGUAGGGUGUGAGCCCCCUGGGGAGCAGGCAGGGAUCCAGGGGGGCACACAAUGCACAGCAGGCAGAUACAACACAAAUGCACGCACCCAAACACGUAGGCAUGGGACAUCCACCAGAAAAUCAAACAAAUCCAGCCCACACGAGCAUCAGAAAACAAAUACACCACCAAUAUGUACAACACAGACAUGGCCGCACACAACACAAGCAUGCAUGUACAACACAACAGACGUGUACGCCAUGAGCGUAUGGACUAUGCACAGCAGAAAUGCACAAAAACAAAUGCACACACAGACCACCAACCUCCAAGCUAUACCCGACACACACAGAAGACAUACCCAAUGCAUCCACAUGACUAAUACACACACACACUUACCACACAACAAAUACACACUCCUGAAUAUACAGACCGGAUAUACAGUAUCAUAACACACACAUAUCCAAAACAACAAAUACAGGCGUGCACCACACAACAAAUACACACCCCACAAAUGUCCAGGCCAUGCAUAAACAUGUCUAUACAUAGCUGCAUAAAAAAUACACACCAUGAACAUUUAGAUCCCAUUAAUACACACAGAUGUGUCUACAUGUUCAAUUAAUGCUCUUCAAGUGAUGAGCAUUAAAUCUAGUACCUCCAUUGUGAGGUACUAGAAAAAUGCCCUUUAGGCUAUUUGAAUUAGCCCAUUUCAAUCAUGCUAGCUAAGGAGCAUGUGUUUUGGGGGACACUUUAAUGCGCUUUAAAAGACACUAAUGCGCAUUAAAGUGCACGUGUAGAUAUGCCCACACACCACACCAAAAAUAUGCACACGACUCAGCGAUUAUAUAGACGCACGGGCCGCAAACGCAAUGAUCUACACAUACCUUGUACAAUAUGUCAUGCUUAGCUCAGAAACUACGCGAUAGUACAUAAUACAAGGACCCCACACACACACAACACACACACGGUAGAUGUUCAGGUUUAAGCUCCUAAGGGUGCUAUUUCUUACCCUGCAUCAUUGUGGUUUUGCAGAGUGAGGAAAAGGGCACCGGGCCUUUCCCAUCCUUUCCCGGCAGGGAGGAUGUGGCCAGGUGUGGGACCGGAUUCCCCGGCAGAGGAAGAGGAGGAGAAGGCCACGUCAGAGCCCCGCAGGGAGCUGCUGAAUGAGGACCAUGCCCGGCAGUUCUUCGAGGUGGCGGUGGAGCUCUGUGCGCAGAACCAGCUGGUGGAUGUGGACGUGAUCUCGGGCUCACGGACACAUCAUGCCCACGCUGUGGUUUUGGCAGCUGUGAGUUCCUUCUUCCGAGAACGGCUGGAGCAAGGGGCAGUGGGCGAGGUUGACAUGAGCCAGCUGGCCACGCCGCAUGGCUGGAAAGCCAUUCUGGAUUUUGCCUACUCAGGGGUUGUGGAGACCACAUCAGACAGUGUCCAGGAGGUGGUGGCUGCAGCUCAGGUCCUGGGGGUGCCACGAGUGGUGGAGAUUUGCCAAAGAAGAUGGCUCAGUCCAGAAAAAGAGGAGGAGGAAGAGGAGGAGGGAAGGAGGACCCCAUCGGACGAGCAGUGGGAGACCCUGCAUAGCAUUGAAAAGCUAUAUGGAGAUAAGAUUGGCUGUGACCUGGACCUGGAAGCUCAAGGAAAGACUUUCAAAGUGCACCGCGUGGCCCUGUGCUGUGGCUGCGAGUUUUUCCGGGCCAUGUUCACCAGCGGGAUGCGGGAGUCGGUCCAGGCCACCCCACUCCGCACCCUCUUCUCGGUGCCGGACCUCCACCUCCUCAUCUCCUUCGCCUACUCAGGAGCACUAGGAGGCACCUGGGAUGAGAUCCUGGAUGCAGCACAGACUGCCCUGCAGUACCAGGCAUCGGGCAUCUUCUCCCUCUGCCUAGACCUCUUCCAACACCAAAUGACCCCGGAGACCAGCCUAGACGUCCUAUCCUUUGCCCAGGCCUAUGACCUGCGCCAGCUGGUCCAGACAGCUGAGGACUUUGUGCUGAUGAACUUUCCCUGCGUCUCAUCCACCCCCAAGUUCCUCGACCUCUCUCUGGACCAGCUUCUAUGGUUCCUCCGCUCCGAUGCCCUCUACAUCCUCAACGAACUGGAGGCCUUUGAAGGUGCCCUGCGGUGGCUGAAUGCCGACCGGGCCCAACGGCUGGAGGAAGCUGAGAAAGUCCUCAGAUCCAUUCGGUUCCCCUUGAUGUCUGGACGGGAGUUAAAGCAGGUGCGUGCUGUGGAUUUCAUGGCGAAACCGGGCCGGUUCUACGACCUGCUGGUGGAGUCGCUUGCCAGCAUCCCCCCCGGCACGUCCACCAUGGAGCGGCUGCCGUGCCGCAUCCGCACCACGGAGAAGGUGCUGGUCAUCUGUGGCGGAGACAGCGUCAUGGCAAACAUGGCCAUGCGCUGCCCCAACCGGGAGCUGUGGUUCUCCCACCGCUUCCUCAGUGGCAUCGGGCUGGUGAAGCAGGUGGAGUGGCGGUACCUGGGGGAGUUCCCCGAUGGGCCACGCUUCCGCCACGCCGUGGUCGUGAUGGGCAACGUGCUGUAUGUUGUUGGAGGCAAGCAGUACUAUGGGGUGAGGGACAUGCUGACCACGGCAUUCAGGUUUGACCCCAUGCAAGGCUCCUGGGAGCGCCUGGCAGACAUGUCUUGUGAACGCAGCUACUUUGCAGCCGUGGGUGCAGGUGGGCUGCUCUAUGCGAUGGGAGGCAGCUCUGCCAACCGAUACUGCAUGGACUCGGUGGAGUGCUAUGACCCAGCUGCCAAUGCAUGGAGACCGUCCCACCCUCUCCCGGCUGCGCUCUGCGGCCAGGCUGCCUGCGUGCUGGAUGGCACCAUCUACGUUUCGGGCGGCUGCGACGGCUCCUGCCGCUGCCUGACCGCUCUGCUCCAAUACCACCCGAACCACCCACCCACCCAGCGGGCACCUAUGCAGGAGGAGCGUGCUGGCCAUGUCAUGGAGGCUUUGCGGGGACAGCUGUACGUGGCAGGGGGCUUGCGCUGGCGGGACGGCCACGGGGGUUAUGCUGACCAGCUGGCCUGCGAGGUCUACAGCCCUCGUCUAGACACCUGGACCCUGCUGAGCCCCCUGCCCCACGCCCACGUGGUUGCUGCCUCAGUUGUACUGCAAGGAGAGCUGUAUGUCCUGGGGGGGUACAGCCAUAACACCUAUCGUGACACUCACCUAGUGCACUGCUACCACCCAGGCCAGGACCGCUGGAUGGGCCUGGGCACCCUGCCCCAGGCCUAUGCAGACCUGCGGGCCUGUGUCCUGUCUGUGCCACCUGCCUUGAGGGACGACAAAGGAGGAUCCCAACACCACCCCAAGGAGAAUAAGAGCCUCCCCAGUUCCUCCCUUUAGGAUGAGGGGCCCUGAUGCCCCUCCGAUGCUUUUGUCCAGUCCACCCACAUUAUGGGUGCUUUCACUGAUGCGCUGCAAGUUGGACAAAACUAUUCAUGUUGCACCUUACCGACCACUCUACGACCGCCUGUUUAAUCCACCCAAGGCCUGCCUCCCUUCGCAAUGCCCCUUAUGGAGCAAGCUCCCUGACCAGGAUUUGUCUGCAAGAUACUGUCUGGAUUAAGCAAUGGGAUUCACAGGAAGUCACAAACAAGUGCCUUGUGACAAACCUCACUCGUCAACCUGCUGGCUUUAAACUACCACGGCAAGAGCGGUCCCUGCUAAAGAGGCUCAGGACAGGCCAAGGCUCCUGUGCAGCCAACCUUCACUGCUGGGGCCUCGGUGAUAACCCAUUGUGCACUUGCGGAGAGAUACAAGCAAUGCUGUGCAUCAGCGAGGAGUGUCCCCUCUACGUACUUAAGAGAUGGAUUAAUAACUUUGAACUCAGCUAACAAGGAGGCUAUUGCUUGGCUUUGGGGAUUUGCAUUUGCUAAAUAAAUAAAUAAAUAAUGGGGGCUCUAUCAUAUGAGCUGAGAGGCCUCUUGGAUCUCCCAAACAGGACAGGGCUGUCUCCAACAUGACAGGGAGAUCCCCCAAAAAUGGAUACGCUUCCUUACACGUGGGACAUCAGCCUGGCACCACCCCACAGGACUGGGGUAUGUCUGAUAGAGAAGGAGGAGAGAUGAGGAUCAGCAGGGGAGAAGCCUGAUGUUUCCUGAUCAUCCAUGGUGUGGGGUGACCGAGGUUGCUGCGUCCAGGGGCAAGGUCUGUCCACCCCUUCACUGUGGGGCCAGUACCAAAGUAAGUCAGUAAAGAAGGUAUGCAAUUCA